AUGGUGCGCAAAGCAAAAGACAGCACGCCGGCAGUAAAAGAACAUCCAGGCGAUGGCCACAUCACGGUGACGGCGCAACAGUCGCGAUAUGCACUGGACGCCGUCGAUGCACCUGCGUCUAAAGAGAUCUUGAUCAAAGACCUGUCCGUCUCCGUCGCCAAUCGCGAGCUGCUCAAUCGCACGACGCUGCAUCUCGUCGAGUCGCGGCACUACGUCCUAGUCGGGCGCAACGGCACGGGGAAGUCGACGCUGCUCAAGGCCAUUGGCGACGGGCUUGUGCCUGGUAUUCCGUGGAGUACAAGGAUUCUGCUGCUGGGUCAGACGCGGGAAGUAGAUGUCGAAGAGGGGGUUGGAAGUUUGGGACUGCAGGAGGAGACGGUCUUGCAGCAUGUCGUCAGGAGUGAUCACGUGAGGGAGCGGUAUGCGAGGGAGGCCAAGAUCCUGAGCGACGCGGUUGAGAACUCCAAGGAUGCAAUGGCGCCCGUGCGGGCGUACCGACGGAUUCAGACAGAGAGGCUGGCGCUGCGGCUGAAAGAAGCGCAUCGAAUUGCGGAGCGGAGGAGUGGCGCGAGAGGAAAGCAAGCGAGAAAGGAGCUGAUUAGACUGGAAGAACGAUAUGUGGAGUCGAAGCACGCUGUUGAAGAGAAGGAGAAUGAUGUAGACCCCACACGAUUGAGUGAGGAUACGCAGGCCGCUGCAGACAUGUUGUCCAGUGUCGAGGCCUCGCUCGAGCUCAUGAACGCCGCAGCAGCAGAGGUGAAAGCUCGAAGAGUGUUGCUUGGACUCGGAUUUAAAGAAGAUGGCAUCGACAGGCCAAAAUCGCAACUCUCAGGAGGGUGGCAGACGCGCUGCGAUCUCGCUUGCACGCUGACGCAGUAUGCGGACGUACUCCUACUCGAUGAGCCGACCAACUUUCUGGACCUACCGUCGAUCAUCUGGUUGCAAGACUACAUCAACAGCAUGACGAACACAACCGUUCUGAUCACGACGCACGACCGCGACUUUGGCGACGCAGUGGCCGAGGAGCUCAUCCUCCUGCGCAAUCAAGUGCUGGAGACGUUUCGCGGCAACUUGAGCGUCUACGAGCGCGAGAAGUGGAAGAAGAUCCAGCACCUGACCAAGAUGAAAGACGCAAAGGACAGGCAGAAGAAGCAUAUUGAAAAGUCGAUCGCCGGCAACAUCAAGGCGGCGAAGGACAAGGGAGACGACAAAAAGCUGAAGCAGGCCGCAUCGAGGCAGAAGAAGCUCGACGAGCGGUGGGGCGUGGAAGUGGGUCUGAAGGGUGGACGCUUCAAGCUUAACCGCGACCUCGGAGGCUACCAUACGACCCAGCGAGCAGAGAUUGAGAUACCGGACUUGGAUCCGCCCGUCCAACUGAGCUUCCCGCGACAGCCCCCUGAGCUGAGAUUUCCGGGCGCUUUGGUGAGCAUGGAGAAGGUGACGUUCGCGUAUCCAGGCAGGAAGAUGGCGCCCACGUUGGUGGAUGUGUCCUUGACCCUACACCCUGGCACACGAACUGGGCUGGCAGGAUUGAAUGGCUCAGGCAAGACGACGCUUGCUUCGCUGAUCAUGGGGGGUGGCGAUGCUGGCGGUCUGACACCAAGCUCAGGAUCGAUAACGCGGCAUGCAAGAGCCAAGUUCGGUCGAUUCUCUCAGCAGUCGGUUGAGGAGAUUACGACGAUUGCCUCAGACAGCCCGCAGUUGACGGCUCUGCGACACGUGAUGGAGGCUGACGGUGCCGCGCUGGAGGAGAAGGAAGCACGGGAGGCACUGGGCAGUUUGGGGCUGCACGGCCAGAGCGUGUCUGAUGUGCCUCUCGCUCUGCUGUCAGGCGGCCAGAAGGUCAGAGUGGCGCUGGCGAAGCUGUUGUGGGCGCCGCCCCAGCUGCUGAUCUUGGACGAGGUAACGACGCAUCUCGACGCUGACACGAUCCUGAGCCUCGUGCUCGCGCUGAAGGCGUACGAGGGAGCGCUGCUGGUCGUCACGCACGACAGGUUCUUCAUGAGAAGCGUGGUUGAGGGGGCGUCGCCCUACAAGCUAGCGCCAGGGGCUCGCGGCGAAGACGAGGGUGACGAGAGCGAUGCAGAGGCUGAGGAGCCGGGGAGAGUGUACCGGCUAUCGAGGGGGCAAUUGAAGACGGUCGAGGGCGGUAUGGAGCAGUACGCUGAGCUGGCAGCACGCGCGGCAGCAAGGCUGGCGAGGCGGAGGUAA